UCUUUAAAAAAUUUUCCAGUUAAACUUAUAACAUGUUAUAUGACAGUAAAAAACAAAAAAUAAGUUUUCAGAUAUGGCACAGGUUUUUUAUCUUAGCGCUAUUUAUUUUUUUUAAACCUUGUGUUUUAAAAUGUCAAAGAGAUGAGUUUGUUAAAGAAGAUGGCUCCUGUCAAACUUUAUUUUUUUGCACUGAUGUGGCUUUGGGUAAAGAACUUACUACCGCAGGAUAUGUUAAAAGAAUUUACCAUGCCGAACUAAUGAAUAUUAAUGUUGUGGUCAGUUUUCCUAGAUUCAAUUUUUUAAAAGAAGAUUUUUUGCAUGGUUUGACUAUGCUAAAAGAGUUUCAUGGCAGUCCGAAUGUGAUUGAGUUGAUUGGAUAUUGUAAUCGUUUGGAUAACUUACAGUUAAUUACAAGAUAUUGGAAGUAUGGUUCUGCUGAUAACUUGGAUUUUGUUUUGUCUCAUCUAAAAAUGUCUUCAGAUGACGAAUUUCGUGCAAGAUUGAAUAUUGUUUUAGAUUACGUAAACAUUAUUGCCUUUUUACACAAUAGUCCUUUGGGUACCAGAGUUAUGUGCGACAGCAAUACCUUAAACAAAACAUUGUCACAAUAUUUGAUAACAGAUGAAUUGCGUCUAGUUGUUAAUGAUCUUGACGCUCUUCCCGAGGUGCAUCGUGAUAACCAGUAUAAAAUUAAAUGUGGGAAUCGCCAGCUGUUUGGAGAUUUUGUUGCGCCUGAACAAUUAUGGCCUUAUGAAAAUAGACCAUUUGAUGAUAAUGAGAUGGUGGGUUAUAAUGAAAAAAUUGAUAUAUGGAAAAUUCCAUCUGUUUUGCUUGCUCUUCUUGGCAAUAGCCUAUCUUCUACUCAAUUAAAACUUCAUUUUUUUAAUUUAUUCUUUCGUUGUCGAUCACACGACCCUGCAAAACGACCAAGUGCUAUGGAGGUUCAAAAUGAAAUCCAACAACUUAUAAAUAGAAAAGUAAGCUUGAAAACUGAGUUUUGAUGUUUAUUUUUCAUUUAUAUAGAAGCUAGAAUUGCUUAAGUUGUUAAUUUACGAUUCGAUAAAACACAUGUAAAUACUUAUAUAUAUUUAUAUAAAUGGUCACAAA